AUGCCAAAAAUUAUGUUUUGUGAUGCGAACAUCUAUGAAUUGAUUCAAGAUUGUUUGAACGAUAUCGAAAAUGGCGCGAAAGUGUUCACAUUCAGUGGCCAAUCAGGUGAUUCUAUUCCAGUCGAGGAUUUAUUCGAAGAGGUCAACGACGAGGACACAUUUUCCCCAGUUGACGUCGAUGGAGAGAAUACAACCGUUGCUAUUAUUUGUACAUCUGGAUCGACCGGUUUUCCCAAAGGUGUUUGUUUAUCGCAUGCCAUUUUAAUGCAACAAUGCGUUGAAAACAUGGUCCGUGAAGAUGAUGUGGUUUUAACGUUUAGUACAAUUUAUUGGAUUUCUGGCCUUCUGCAAUUGAUAUGCAGUGCUAUUAAGGGUUUUCGUCGAAUAAUUACAACUGAACGCUUCAGCGUUGAAUUAAUGCUGGACAUGAUUGAAGAGCAUCGUAUUACAUUUUUUAUGAGUGCAAGUCAUUUUCUUCAUUUGGCCUUGAAAUGUGAGCAAUUUUAUCGAACGGAUUUUUCAAGUAUACGUGUGUUAAUGUGCGGUGGCACCAAAUUAUCAAUUGCAACGGCAUUGGAAAUGAAAAAGUUUUUAAAAAACGGCGCCAUUUAUCCGGUGUAUGGAAUGAGUGAAGCGGCCGGUUGUUUAUCAGUUGCAGCUGUGAGAACCGAACUAGACACUUCCGUGGGCCGUUUGGUAUUUGGCACAAAGGCAAAAAUUAUCGAUAAUGAUGGAAAUCGGUUAGGAAUUAAUGAAUGUGGUGAACUUUGUAUAAUGACAAAGUUCAAAUUUUUAGGCUAUUUUGGUAAUGAAGAAGCCACAAAUGAUGCUGUUGACGAUGAAGGUUUUUUGAAAACGGGCGUUAUUGGGUAUUUUGAUAACGACAAUAAUUUAUACUUGGUCGAUCGAAAAAAAGAUAUUUUGAAAUACUGUUCAUCACAAAUCUCACCCACCGAACUGGAACAAUAUUUGAUUAAGGUGCCAAGUAUUAAGGCCAUUUGUGUCGUCGGUAUUCCGCAUGAAACGGUUGGUGAUUUACCCGCAGCCGUUAUCGUUCGAAAUGAGAACGUAACAUCGAUAACACAUGACGAGGUUGAAAAAAUGAUUACAGAUAAUUUUGCGGAUUACAAACGUUUACGUGGAGGUGUAUAUUUUGUGGAUACAUUACCUUUGACGCCAUCAGGAAAGAUACUACGUCGAUGUGUAAGAGAAACGGCCAUCAAAUUGUACAAUGAUACACUUGAACUAGACGCCUAAAUCAUGAAAAAUUCAAAUGAAUCACAUGCCUUUUUUCUCAUGCAAUAUUCAAACAAA